AUGGCACUGAAGGAAGGAGUCCUUGUGUCUUGCAGAAACAAGAGCAGAGCUCAGCCACAAAGACGGAGGUUCUUCAAGAGGAGGAACCGUGUUGAGCCAACUUCGGCUCCUCCUCCAACUCUGGCUUCUCCUCCAACUGCAGAAGAGGGCUUCCAAACAUCGUCAGGAGUCACAAUUGCCUUGAGCACCACAUGGCAAAAAAAGGAAAGAGCUAAGCUCAUUCUCUGGUGGACAUCCUUUCUUAAUUCCAUUGCGGUGCAAGUCAAUGGCGCAGAGUCGGAUACAUUGCAGUUCAGCAAGCUGAAGAUUGUCGAAUUCAUUUUGGAGAUAAUGGAGGAUAUUACCGCGCAUCCUGACCCUGGCUCCUUCUUCAGGAAAACCCUGGACACCGUCACGGAGCUGAGCAAAAUCAAGCCGCCGUUGCCCGAGGAGCUGCGGUCAGCAGUGCUGCACGUGGCGGUGUCUGGGGCCAACUACCUGGAGCCAGGGACACAUAAUGAGACCUUUCAAUCUCUUCAGAGAAUGAUUAGGGGGUUUCUGGAGGAGGCCCCCUCGGUCCACAACUUGACCAGCAUCUUGACGGAGCUCCAAAGGUACAGCACUGCAAAGGAUCCCCAGCUACAGGCUCUGGCCCAGGAAGCCUGCAGCUGUCGCCUGCAACAUGCGGCCAGCCUGCCAGCUUUUCAUCUGAAAACACUGAAGGAUGCUUUCCCGGUAGCAUCCAAGAGCAGCAUCCAAGAUGACCUUGUGUUGGAAGAAUUUGACGAAGAAGAGGAGUUUGGGUGA